AUGCCAGUGGCAGUCCGUGUUCAGCCCAAGGCGGUGUAUGUGGCAGCGACACGGCAGCAUGUGGGCAAGACUAGCACGUGUCUGGGAUUGCUACAAGGACUGACCGCUCGUCUGGACCGCAUUGGCUUCCUCAAGCCCGUGGGGCAGGAGAGCGUCGCCGUCGAGGGCGGUUCCCUGCGUGUGGAUAAAGAUGUCGCGGUGGCAAAAGAGGUGUUCAAGCUCGAUACAUGCAACUACGCGGACAUGUCGCCCGUGGUGAUCAUGCCGGGAUACACUAAGCGCUUCCUAGAUGGACAUAUAACAGUAGAGAGCCAACUGGACAAAAUUCGGACAAGCUUCAAGCGCAUUACGGAAGCUAACGAGUUCACUGUAGUGGAAGGCACAGGACACACGGGAGUCGGCUCCAUCGUAGACUGUAACAAUGCUCGGAUAGCUGCCGAGUUGGGCGUGGACAUGGUGCUAGUAGCCAAUGGCGGACUGGGCUCGGCCUUCGACGACCUGGCGCUUAAUUAUUCCAUGUGCAAAACGCACAACGUGAGGGUUCGCGGCGUUAUUUUGAACAAAGUACGAGAAGACCGAGUGGAAAUGGUGCGAGAAUAUUUCCCUAAAGCCAUGAAACACUGGGGAAGUAACGUGCCGUUGAUUGGCGUCGUGCCGAACUUGCCUUUGCUGUCGAAUCCGAGCAUGCUGGACUUCGAAGGACUCUUCAAUACGCAAAUGCUGACGUUGAGCUCACGACGCUAUCAGCAAUAUAACAAAACUACACUCGUGACGGCUGGACUUAGGCGUUUUUUGGCAAAGUUGAGCGAACCUGCGUUCGACCAUACGCUCUUCGUCACUCACGUGUCCCGGAACGACAUCAUCUUGGGCUUCCUCUCACACGCGCAGAACUUCGAACUCACAAUGAAAAAGCCGUACGGGGGUGGACUCAUACUUACUGGCUCCCCGUCCGAUGACAACCAACAGGAAUACAUCACGAAUAUCAUUAAGAACGCACAAGUUCCAGUUCUCUAUGUGCCCAUGACGACGUUCGAGGCCAUGGAAAAGAUAACGCAUUUCACCGCAAAAUUCAACCCGACCGACGAACACAAGGUGCAUGCGUGUGGCGAACACUACGCCAGCAACAUCGACUUCGACGCCAUUCUUACAUAA